UCAGCGCCGAGAGCGCCGCCUGGCGAGCGAGCUGUCACUCAGUCCCAGCAAACAUGGCGCUCAAGGCACAAGUCGGGCAGAAGAUUAUGAAUGAGGUGAUCAAGCAGAAGAAGAAGACAACAGGUGGGGUAGAAUGGCGGAUCUUGGUGGUGGAUCAGCUUGCCAUGAGGAUGGUGUCCGCGUGCUGCAAGAUGCAUGAUAUCAGCGCUCAGGGUAUCACUCUGGUGGAGGAUAUCAAUAAGAAACGCGAGCCCCUGCCGACGAUGGAGGCGAUUUACCUCAUCACGCCCUGUAAUUCGUCGGUGCAGAAGUUGAUCGACGACUUUAGUAAUCCGACAAGAACCACUUACAAGACCGCCCACGUAUAUUUUACGGAAGUAUGCCCGGAGGAGCUGUUCAAUGAAAUCUGCAAGUCUCUCGCCGCUAAAAAGGUCAAAACCCUCAAAGAGAUCAACAUUGCAUUCCUGCCGUACGAAUCGCAGGUCUUCUCGUUGGACUCACGCGAAACGUUCGCUUGCUUUUACAAUCCUUCUUUCUUCAAUCUAAGACCGGCUAAUAUGGAACGCAUCGCCGAACAAAUCGCAACACUCUGCGCCACUCUUGGGGAAUAUCCAUCGGUCAGAUAUCGCAGUGAUUUCGAUCGCAAUGUUGAACUUGCUCAAUUGGUGCAGCAAAAGCUAGACGCAUACAAGGCUGAUGAACCGACAAUGGGAGAAGGGCCUGAGAAGGCGCGUUCUCAACUGUUGAUCCUAGAUAGAGGAUUCGAUUGCGUCUCACCGCUCUUACAUGAGCUUACACUGCAAGCCAUGGCAUAUGACUUGCUGGAUAUUGACAAUGACGUUUACAGAUUCGAGGCAACACAAGGUCAGGAAAAAGAAGUAUUGUUGGAUGAAAAUGACGAUUUGUGGGUGGAACUCAGGCACCAACAUAUUGCUGUAGUGUCCCAGAACGUGACUAAGAAUUUGAAAAAGUUUACAGAAUCAAAAAGAAUGCCACAGGGUGAUAAGCAGAGUAUGCGUGACCUGUCGCAGAUGAUCAAAAAGAUGCCGCAAUAUCAAAAAGAACUGAGUAAAUAUGCCACGCACUUGCAAUUGGCUGAAGACUGCAUGAAGCGUUAUCAAGGAAACGUAGAUAAGCUUUGUAAAGUGGAGCAAGACUUAGCCAUGGGUACCGAUGCUGAGGGUGAAAAGAUCAAAGAUCAUAUGCGGAAUAUCACACCAAUUUUACUGGAUCAAACUGUGAAUCAUUUGGACAAGUUACGCAUCAUAGCUUUAUAUGUCAUCAGCAAAAAUGGCAUCACCGAUGAGAAUCUUAAUCGUUUAGUCCACCAUGCCCAAGUGUCCGUUGAUGAUAAACAGACUAUCGUGAAUAUGGCAAAUCUUGGCAUCAAUGUUGUUGUAGAUAGUAAUCGCAAAAAGUUGUACACGGUACCACGUAAAGAAAGAAUCACGGAACAAACGUACCAAAUGAGCCGUUGGACUCCAAUUAUUAAGGACGUCAUGGAGGAUUCCAUCGAAGACAAACUUGACUCUAAACAUUUCCCGUUUCUCGCCGGACGUGCAGCCAGUUCAGGAUAUCAUGCACCAACUAGCGCGCGAUAUGGACAUUGGCACAAAGACAAAGGUCAGCAGACUAUUAAAAACGUUCCUCGUUUAAUAGUUUUCAUAGUUGGUGGAGUAUGCUACUCUGAAAUACGAUGUGCGUACGAAGUCACAAAUGCAUUGAAAAAUUGGGAAGUCAUAAUUGGCUCGUCCCAUAUAAUUACACCAAAGUCGUUCAUGAAUGACCUGAGUAAAGUGCACGUCUAAAUUAUACACGUAGCUAAAAGAAGAAAUGACCACACAUUCCUGAUCUGCCAUUUAAUUUCAACUCCAUCAGUAAUACCAGCUAUGAAGCCCAUGAUCUCUCAAGUAAUCGAAAUUAGAAAAUGUAAUUAAAUAACGAACAGAGAGUCAAUUCUUUAAGGGAAAGAGAGCGAAACUCAUUCCGAAACAGAAAACAUCGAGCGUAUGCAAGUAUUCUAUAAUAUAGCUGUCAGUUGAAUAUAUAUGAAAGUAUUCGUGUAUUAGUCAAGCACGAAGAUGAAUCUUGAUCGAUCAGACAAGUUAUCUAGAAUCAAGUGCCUGCGCGAAUACAUAAUCAUCAGAGAUCGUAUGAAAUACGUUGGCAAUACUGAUGUAGCAAGAUGUGUAAUGGUAAUAUUUCGGGCAAUCGAGCCUUUAGCAAAGCCCUAGAGAUAUUCAUAUGCAUUAUAUCAUUCUUUGUCGGUAUAAUAAGAAAGAGAAUUUGUGUAGAGAUCUAUGUGUGUCGUAGAGGAUGAUCCGUGAUAUUCCUGUACAUUUCUCAUUACUAUUAGUACUUUCUGUUAACUUUCACUCUCUCGUUGAGACACUACACAUUUAAAGAUAGUCUUUGUUUAAUAUAUACUUUUGCUAUACUUUUAGAGAAAAAAAAUUAUAAUUUUAUUAUAAUAGACACAUUUCAAAUCUAAAUGUCACGUUGCAAUUCGCUUUACUCUCUUCAACUCUGGUACCAGUAUUAUAAGAUUAUUCAUCCGACAUUAUUUCUCGAAUUUAAUCGGUGGUACUCUGAAUGUAAUAUAAAAUCUCUAGAUAUACUAAUCUAAUACUUAACACUUUUUGUUAACUUAUUUAUUUGUAGUUCUUUUUUUAAUAAUGUUAUGGAAUACUUUAAUUUUCGAGUUAUCCAAUUGUUGGUUCAGAUACUACUACAUUCAAUGUAAUUCAUAAAUAUAUAAUAGUUUCAAUAUAUAGAGUAUUCAGCAUUCUCUUUGACAAAACCGACUAUUCACUUCUAUUGAACGUAACGCAGAUGCAGUUAUAAUAUUGUAUUAAUAUAUGCGUAUGCAUCGUAAGAUUUAUUGCAAUAUGUCGAACCCCAAUCGUUCCGCGAUUGUGGUAAAGAAGCGCUUUCGACGAGAAGCUUGCGCCUGUCGAUGAAUAACAGUAAUAAUCGUUAAUGUAAUGUCAAUAAAUGUUACGAUCUAUUAGCGAAGAGAUUAUUAUAAAGUUAAACGAUAUUUAUAAACUAUAUCCUGUUAUGUUAUACAUAUAUAAAUAUAUAUAUAUGUAUGUGUAUGUAGAUUAUAGCUUGAACAAAAUGUUCUGCUUAUAAAGGCCUACAAUGCGCUCUA